AUGAAUCACAAGAAUUGGCGCACGCGCGAGCAGAGCUUACAUGCAGUUUGGAGGUGUCUAGAAAGGCACAAUUUGUUCAAGGCGUGGCAAGACGAACUGCUGGAUGAUGUGAGUACUAAGGUUGCUGGAAGACUCGUCAAAGAAUGUGCGCGAUGCAGCAAUUUUGACGUUGGAGAUCUUUUACACAUUCAUUGGGCCCUCGCUACUUGUACGGCAGAUUAUAGGCUGGUGAGUGACUUGGAGUGUAAGAGUAUUCGGGCAGCGCACACGAAGACUCUCACUGAACGCUUUGAGCAGAUCCCAGUUCGUUCAAAAAUCUCGGCGGGCGUUGCGCGUGCUGCUCCUUCGUGUGAUGCCGGAUCGUCUAGUGAUACCCCAGUGUCUAACAACGCCCUCCCAGAUGAUUUGUCGAUUUUGUCGUCAUACGAUCUGCAGGUUUCGUCAUCUUCUUCCUCGAUGGCCAGAUAUUUGGUCUCUGUCCAGAGCCGAACUCUGAGCGAGGCUAAGGUAACAGCAACUUCAGCAGAAGACAAGCGGUCACCGUCUCAAGUAUCCCCUACAAGCAGCCAAAUUCCACAGGACUUUAGCGCGGAGAUUUUUUCCGGAGCAGACGGCAACGAGAUCUUGGACAAGGAACUCCAACGGCAACUCGGUGUGAUAUAUGACAAACUUGAACGUGACAGUAAUUGGGACAAGCGUGUUGAUGGACUGAAGAUGCUUCAGAAAUUAGCAAACCGAUGCAGCAAAGCGUUGAAUCGUGAAGAUGCCGUUCCAUUAUUAUCUCAGGGCUUACGGGCAGUUCGUGAGCGUCUGUGUCAGCAAGUGAGCGACUUGCGAUCGUCUGUGUCCAGAGAAGCAUGCCAGACGAUUCAGAAACUCGCCAAUAUUCUUCGAGACGAGUUUAACUCGCAUGCAGAAAUAUGUCUUGGCAGUUUACUCAAGGCGACAUACGUAACUAUCCAAGUGAUUUCGACUGCAGCAGAUACAACUAUUAAAAGCAUGAUUGGAAGCACGAGCAACGGCUACGCGCGCGUGAUUCCUAAGCAAGCUGAUCGAAUGCGUCAAAUCUCGGAACCAAGUGCUACGAUACAACGCCGCGUGCUAUCUGACAUUAAUCCUUCAACAUUGGAGCGUCAGCUUCCUCAGCAAAUGUUCGUGCCGAUAAUGCCUGCUAUUUUGCAGGACGCUCUGGGAGACGUGCGUGCACAGUCCAGGGAAUGUUAUUGGUCGUAUCAGUACCUCUUCCCGAACGAGGCUAAAACCAUCUUCGCUCGCUUAGAUCGAUCAACUCAGAAGAACUUAAACGACGAUCCCUCAAAAUUCACCGCCAAAACAACGCGGCAAGCAGACUCAAGCUCGAUGGGGGCUUCAACGUCUCAAAGUUCGAGUGUUGUUCGUUCAGCACUUCGGACAACGGAUGCAGCACAGCCAGCAAUUUCUGCCGCUGGAGUGGUGGCGUUUAGUGACAAAAAACCUCGCGAGUUUAAUGCAGAAGGUUCAGUUGCCGGAAAACUGCCGAUGCGCGUACUGGAAGGGAAAUCAAUCUCGUUUGGUGUUGAUUCUAGCGAGGAAAACGUGCGAUUGCUAUCUCAAGGUCCAAUGCGUGUUGGACUAGCAGCUCGAACAAAAACGUCAGUUUCAAAAGACGGUGUCGUGUCGUCGUCUGAAACACAAAAGAUUCCUGCAGGCCCUCUUCGGGUGCUGAAUGCACCGAAGCCACCACAGCCUGCACACACCUCACGACAGGAACCACCCACUGCAGGUUUUCACACAAGCUCCCAGCAACAGCUAUCGAAAGCACUGCGAAUUCAGCUUGAAGGAGAAGCUCCAUCACCAGUUCCAAUGGACAUCGAUGAUGUGGAGACGCGUGGUCCGAAACGACUACCACUUUCGUCUAUGCCUUCACCAACUGCGUCGAAUGCAUCGAGCUCUAGAACCAAUAAUUCUAAGAGCGAUUCUGGAGACAUUAUGCCAAAGCGAAUUGCACCGGAAGCUAUUCGGAACGUCGAGAGCAGUUCCUGGUCUACUAGGCUGGAGGCUGCCGAAUACAUCGGGAAGUAUCUCGAGAAACGAGUCGACCAGAUUGAAAGUGGUGCGAUUAAGGAUUACAAGUUGGACGGCAGGAUCCAAACAGCGUUUAUCAAGCAUCUCAGCGAUUCCCACUAUCGCGUCUCACAGGGGGUGCUGAAGAAUUUGCUACCACUGCUGAAGCUUUCCAACGAUUGCCAGCGACUGCUACCUCACUUGAAAACGGUUCUGCCAAAGUUGUUUCAAAAGUUUAUAAACACCAAGGAAUCUAUUCGAGACGCUGCGAAGGAGAAUUUGGAGUACAUUGCGUCGACAUUCGAUAGCUCGACACUGGUUGCUAUUGUGAUCUCAUUAGUGGGAGAUGGAAGCAAUAUGAAGAUCAAGGCUGCCAUAUGCCACUACUUACGCGAGUUGCUGCCAGGGGCCGAAGGAUACAUGAAACAUGGUACAAACAACAGCCACAUGAGGUCAUUCCUGCUCAAAAUUGCUCUCCUAAUGGAUACAGACGUCCCAGUUUCGGUUUCAUCAGCAUGUGGUGAGCUAAUCUCGAUUGCCGCACAACUUUACGGCCCGGAGAUGGAGGUUGCUCUGGGCCUACUUCCUCCAUCCAAGCGCUUGGUUGUAUCCAAGAUCCUAAAGUCCAAGAAAAUUCUGCUCAACUCUUGCAACCCACAGCGACCACCGUUUUCAUCGUCAUCAACAGCGCCACACUCAACGCGAUCACGCGGUGAAGAGAACGACAACCAGGAAGUCCCUCCACCACUCAAACCAGAACGAAGCCGCAAGCGAGUAGAGUCACCGAGCGUGACUUCCUCCAGUCCUGCACAGAACAGCCAAAAGCGGAUCAACACAACAUUCCAGAAAGCCUCACCAUUUCCAAAGGAGGGCCUUCUCGCAAGCAGUUUUGUGGCUGUCGAUCGAGCGAACGAGAUGGCAGUAAAGACUUCAUCAUCCGAAGACAUAUCGAUUUCGAGUGGUUUGUUUGCGUCUGUGGGAGAUAGAGUGAACACGUAUGAUGUCCAGCUUGAAGAUAUUCUCCAUAUCCUCGAGCAGAACAAUUUACCCGCAUCAAAGGUGAAGCAUGUACUCCACAAGGCUUUAAAUGUCAUCGAGACUGGGUCAACGGAAACGUGGGAUCGCUGUUUUGGACGGCUACUUCUGCUGUUACUUGACGCUGCUACGGAUAACAAUCUGUAUGCAUUGAAGGUUCUACAACGGUUAGUGGAAGCACAGCCUUCUCGAGCGCAGGUAUUUUUCGAGCUGCUUCUUCAGCGUUUGAUUGGUGCGAUGGUAGAUCAAGUUGACGUGGCUCGCCACUUGAUCGAGCGUAUUCUUCGUGAUCUCAUAGUCUCUGCGAGUGACUACAAACAGACGCUGUCCGUCCUGAUUCAAUGGGAUUCCGACAGUGAGCCGCCGACACUGCAAGUGGUACUGCGGCUUAUCAAGGUGUGCUUCGAAAACUGCGAGCGCGGUAAUCACCAGGAGUCAGCAUUUCUGCUCAAGCACGACGUGGCCGCUCGUCUUAUGGGCGUACUGACGCGACGUCUCGACCAUGCGAGCUCUAGCGUUCGCAAGAACGCGGUGGACUGCCUGGUGGCGUUUCAUUUUGCGAUGAAAGAAGACAGCUCUAUUGUACCCAAGUAUCUCGCCACCGAGUUGGACGACACGCGGCGUCGGCUUGUGGAGAUCUUCAUCGACCGCGCCAAGACGGAGCGACACCGCAUAGGCUUGACGUCGACAUGAGUUACUUCUACCACCACGCCAUAGUAUUCCCUCUCCGUUUUCCUAGGUUUGCGACUGCAUAUGGAAGUCGUAAACGACUGCAUUGCAUAUAUUUGCAACUGUAGGGAAACUGAACAUUUUGAAUUGUCAA